UAUGAGUAAUUUCACAACAAUUCGUUAAGAAUCCACUGUUUAAGAAAGAAAGUAGGUUACUCUUCCUUAAACUCAAUAUGUAAAUUUCGUUAAUUCAAUCUAGACCACAACCUAUUUGAAAUCAGAAAGACCAGAGGCUUAUUAAUUUUGGCAUAAAAAAGGCAAACAAAAUUCAUACUAAAGUAAAGUGCUAUCUACACAUUAUCAAAUGUAAACUUCAUUCAAUCCUGGAUAAUCAAUACAAUUAGGAGGUUGUGCCUCUAAUAUAUAGUGUGGAUCAAAUGCUUAAAAUUGCUGUCCACCUUAAUAAUAGGCUGUUGUAAGAUUGGGAGUAGUAUCAAGAGAAGAGAUUGAAGCUCCAUGGAGAGAUGAAGUGUUAUAUUUAUAAUCAUUGAUUGCUGAAUUGGAAAAGAAAAAGACUGUUGAAGUUGUGAAGGAAAUGGAUAAUACUAGAGUAUUAAAAAUUUUUACAUUGUAUAGGUUUAUGAAUUAGAAUAGGAAAAUGAAAGAUUGAGAUUAUUAAUACAUCAGACUCAAAGUGAAACAGUGACUUAAAGAAUUACUGAAGUCAAUAAUGAAGCAGAGGUAUGGAAGAGAAAAUUUUAAGAAAUUAAUCAUGAUUAUAGUGAAACUCAAGAGAAAUUAAUGAAUGCAGAAAUAGAAUUAGAAGCAUUAAAGAAACAGAAGGUAUUUCAUUAUUAUUUUUAUUUAGAUCGUGACUUCAUCCACAACAGUCACCAAAUCAGUUGUGAAAACUUCGGGUUCAACUGUUAGAUAGUCUGUUUCAGGUAUAAAGCCACCUGUCUGAU